UGCCUGCGAUGCAAUCUCUGAACCGGGACAAGUAAACUAGUGGAGUCGAGAGGCGAGAGUAUUGGGGCCGCCGCUGCUGACUGCUGAGACCUGAGACUGAGAGAUAGAAGAAUACACCAAACGGGGAUUGCGAGGAGGCAGCGAACAGCAUGGGCAACGCCGGGAGUGCGCCGGACCAGGCCAAGAACUCGGCGGAUGGGGGCAGCGCUGCCGACGCGGAGGCCCGCCGCGGGCCGCCGUCGACGGUGCGUUUUUUCCCCGAUGCGGAGCGCCACAAGGCACGGCAGCCGCCGCCGAUAAAGCUCGAGGAGGAGGAGGGCGUCCCGCCGCCGCCUGCCACCGAGGAGGAGAUGGCCCCGCGCAACCUCUGGCAGGUGUAUGCGCUUGGGGCGUUCAUUGUGUUGAGAUGGGCCUGGGCUAAGUGGAAGGAGAACCAGGACAGCAAGGACUCACCGGAUGGUGCCGAUGGGGAUGCACCGGACAGAUCGACUUAAUCUCCGGUUGUUGCUGCGUGGACUAAGCUCUGUUCCGGUUUAAAACUACCAGAGAAGACGAAUGCCGUUUCGUGAUGAACCAAUGAUGAUGGAUCACUCUAUCCAUCAUCAAUGUUGCUGUGGGGUACCGGAUUAUGUAUUUUGCUGAGAAUUUGCAAGUGACAUUCUCCCCUUUUUCACUCUAGUAGGAACCUUUUUAUCUGAGGUGUGGCGCUACAAUCUAUGAUAUAAUAGACUGCCAGGUUGACUUCAAUCUUGUGCUGCCUCUUCACUGUACUGAUAAACGACGUCAAUGAACGUACGUGGAAGAGAGCCAUCAGGUGGCUAUUUAGCA